UUUUUUUUUACGUUUUAAUAAUUCUGAAAUUUAAUUCUAAUUAGUGAAUAUUAUUUCGGUUAACUAGAUCUCUUCUCUGUUUACUUUAUUUACUCUAGAUUAUAACCUAAGAAAAAUUAUAAUCUGUAUAAUGGAGGAUAAGCCAAAGAAUUUAUGGAAGAAUAUUGACUAUUAUAAAUAUCAGGCCCAUGUUACAGUUUCUACUAUUGAUUCAGAAGAUGUAGACGAAAGAGUAGUUUAUAUGGAAGAUUUAGAAAAAAGAAAGCAAGUAUAUGGAGUAUGUGGAGAAUGUAAUGAGCCAGGUACAGGAAAUAGAUGGUGUCAACCUUGUAAUGCUAAAAGGUUUAAGGAUAACUUUAAAAAUUGGACUAGUGGAAAUAAAGAUAUUGAUGAAUUUAUACAACAAUCACAAAUUAAUGCCGUAUAUCAUACAAAAUGUCUUGAAUGGAUACCUUUUGAAAAAUUUCAAAAUAUUACUUAUAUUGCAGAAGGUGGUUAUGGAAAAAUUUAUUCAGCCGAGCGACCUGAAGGAUAUAUUAAAUAUUGGGAUAUUGAAAAUCAAAAAUGGUAUAGACAUCAACAAUACAGUAAAUAUGCAUUAAAAAGUUUAAAUGAUUCUUCUGAUAUCAGUUCAGAUUUUUUAAAUGAGAUUAAAUCUCAUCUUCAGAUUUAUAUGUUUAACGUUGUUAGAUGUUAUGGAAUAACUCAAAAUCCAAAUACUAAAGAGUAUAUGAUGGUUUUAUUUUAUUGUAAAAAUGAUAAUUUAAGAAAUUUUUUAAAUAAUUCUGAAGAAUAUAUAGAUUAUAGAACAAAAAUUUAUAAGCUAUUUUUUAUUUCAAGAGGACUUCUUGAUAUUCAUAAUGCUGGAAAAGUUCACAAAGAUUUUCAUUCAGGCAAUAUAUUAUUUUUUUAUAAUACUCCAUUUAUAAGUGAUUUAGGAAUGUGUCAAUCAGCGAAUAAUAAGCAAUCAACUAAAGAAGAGGGAAUUUAUGGAGUAUUACCAUACAUGGCACCAGAAGUUAUACGUGGAUAUCAAUAUACAAAAGCAGCAGAUAUUUACUCAUUUGGAAUAUUGAUGAAUGAAUUCCUUUCUGAAGAAAUUCCUUUUAAUGAUAUUCCUCAUAAUGAAUUUUUAGCUGUUAAAAUAUGUGAAGGACUUAGACCAAAAAUUUCCAAGGAUAUACCAAAAUUAUUUGCAGAUUUGAUUAUGAAAUGUUGGAACGCUGAAGUAAAAAAUAGACCAUCUACUAAGGAAUUAUAUCAGGUUUUAAAUAAAUGGAAAGAUGAAGUAAAAGACAAGAAUACUGAAUUGUAUUCUCAAAUAAAAGAAUGUGAUAAAAUUAGUAAAAGCAAGUUCAAGAACAGAUCAAAUAAAGAUAAAUCCAAAAAUAUACAAACACAUCCUCAAGCAAUUUAUACAAGCAGACUUUUAGAUUUCAACAAUCUUCCAGAUCAAGUAAAUUCAUCAAAUCCUCAAGACGUUUACCACAAUAUUCAAUCAACCUCGGCAAAUCCAAGUAAGUAUUCCCGUUAGAAUGGCUAUAAUAUUCAUAUUAAUAAUUAAUACUGCUAUUUAAUUUAUUUAAUUUAUAGUCUCUGAAUGCUUGGAUGUCCAAUUGAGUGAAUUGGGUAGAUAUUAUUUGUACAAUAUAUUUAUAUAUUUAAGUGUAUUCGUAGUCCUUAUACCUGAUUUGUUUAUUUUUUUUUUUAGAACUCGAUGAAAUUUAUCAAGGUUAUAUUGAUUG